CCUGAGCGGGGCGGGCGGAGGAGGGAGCGGCGGCGGCGGCGGCGGCAUUGUGCGCGCACCGGCAGCCCGGCCCGGGAGGAGCAGGACGCGCCGGGGCCGCCUCCUCCCGCACGGACCCAUGAACCAGCCGGGCGGCGCGGCGGCUCCGCAGGCUGACGGAGCCAGUGCGGCUGGACGGAAAAGCACGGCAAGCAGGGAGCGCUUGAAGCGCAGCCAGAAGAGCGCCAAGGUGGAGGGGCCGGAGCCCGUGCCUGCCGAGGCCUCGCUGAGCGCCGAGCAGGGAACGAUGACGGAGGUGAAGGUGAAGACAGAGGUGCCCGACGACUACAUCCAGGAGGUGAUCUGGCAGGGCGAGGCCAAGGAGGAGAGCAAGGCAGUCAGCAAAGAUGGGACCGGCGACGUGCCCGCCGAGAUCUGCGUGGUGAUCGGCGGCGUCCGCAACCAGCAGACCCUCGGGUCCUAUGAGUGUGGAAUCUGUGGCAAGAAGUACAAGUAUUACAACUGUUUCCAGACCCACGUACGCGCACACCGAGACACUGAAGCCACCUCAGGGGAGGGAGCCUCCCAAGGCAACAAUUUCAGGUACACAUGCGACAUCUGCGGCAAGAAGUACAAGUACUACAGCUGCUUCCAAGAGCACCGAGACCUGCACGCGGUGGAUGUGUUCAGUGUGGAAGGGGCCCCCGAGAAUCGGGCAGACCCCUUCGACCAAGGCGUCGUGGCCGCUGAAGAGGUGAAGGAGGAACCCCCGGAACCAUUCCAGAAAAUCGGGCCAAUGAACAAUAUUACAUCAGAAAUUUUUAAGAAGAAAGAAGUUAGGCAGACCCAAAAGAGAGAAACCGGCAACUACACCUGUGAAUUCUGCGGAAAGCAGUACAAGUACUACACACCCUACCAGGAGCACGUGGCCUUACACGCCCCCAUCAGUACCGCCCCCGGGUGGGAGCCACCGGACGAUCCAGACACGGGCUCUGAGUGUUCACAUCCAGAGGUCUCCCCGUCUCCACGCUUCGUGGCCGCGAAGACCCAGACGAACCAGUCGGGGAAAAAAGCUUCGGCCUCCGUGGUCCGAUGCUCCACCCUCUUACACCGCACCCCUCCAGCCACCCAAACCCAGACGUUCCGCACUCCAAAUUCAGGAUCUCCAGCCAACAAGGCAACCUCAGAAAGCGCUUUCAGUCGGAGAGUAGAAAGCAAAGCACAAAACCACUUUGAAGAGACGAACAGCAGUUCCCAAAACUCCAGCGAAACUGCAAGUCCCCUGAUUUCCAAUACUUUCCCUCUCCUACAGAAACCCUACACGUGUGGCGCCUGUGGGAUCCAGUUCCAGUUCUACAACAACCUGCUGGAGCACAUGCAGUCCCACGCAGCCGACAACGAGAACAACAUCACCUCUAACCAGUCCCGAUCGCCACCUGCUGUUGUGGAAGAGAAGUGGAAGCCCCCGGCCCAGAGGAACAGCGCCAACAACACCACGGCCAGCGGUUUAACAUCCAACAGCAUCAUCCCCGAGAAGGAGCGGCAGAACAUCGCAGAGCGGCUGCUGCGGGUCAUGUGCGCUGACCUGGGAGCGCUGAGCGUGGUGAGUGGGAAGGAGUUCCUGAAACUGGCCCAGACGCUGGUGGACAGUGGCGCCCGCUACGGGGCUUUCUCCGUCACCGAGAUCCUGGGCAACUUCAACACGCUGGCACUGAAGCACCUGCCGCGCAUGUAUAACCAGGUGAAGGUGAAGGUGACGUGUGCCUUGGGCAGCAACGCCUGCCUGGGCAUCGGCGUCACCUGUCACUCGCAGAGCGUGGGCCCCGACUCCUGCUACAUCCUCACUGCCUACCAGGCCGAGGGCAACCACAUCAAGAGCUACGUGCUGGGCGUGAAGGGAGCGGACAUCCGUGACAGCGGCGACCUGGUGCACCACUGGGUGCAGAACGUGCUGUCAGAGUUCGUGAUGUCGGAGAUCAGGACAGUGUACGUGACGGACUGCCGGGUGAGCGCGUCCGCCUUCUCCAAGGCCGGCAUGUGCCUCCGCUGCUCAGCCUGUGCCUUGAACUCGGUGGUGCAGAGCGUGCUGAGCAAGCGGACGCUGCAGGCCCGCAGCAUGCACGAGGUCAUCGAGCUGCUCAACGUGUGCGAGGACCUGGCGGGCUCCACCGGCCUCGCCAAGGAGACCUUCGGGUCGCUGGAGGAGACGUCGCCGCCGCCCUGCUGGAACUCGGUCACGGACUCGCUGCUGCUGGUGCAUGAGCGCUACGAGCAGAUCUGCGAGUUCUACAGCCGGGCCAAGAAGCUGAACCUCAUCCAGAGCCUCAACAAGCACCUGCUCAGCAACCUGGCGGCCAUCCUCACGCCGGUGAAGCAGGCGGUCAUCGAGCUGAGCAACGAGAGCCAGCCCACCCUGCAGCUGGUGCUGCCCACCUACGUCCGGCUGGAGAAGCUGUUCACGGCCAAGGCCAACGACGCGGGCACGGUCAGCAAGCUGUGCCACCUCUUCCUGGAAGCCCUCAAGGAGAACUUCAAGGUGCACCCGGCGCAUAAGGUGGCCAUGAUCCUGGACCCACAGCAGAAGCUGCGGCCGGUCCCGCCGUAUCAGCACGAGGAAAUCAUCGGCAAGGUGUGUGAGCUCAUCAACGAGGUCAAGGAGUCCUGGACGGAGGAGGCCGACUUCGAACCCGCCGCCAAGAAGCCGCGCUCUGCCGCCGGCGAGAACCCCGCCACUCAGGAGGACGAUCGGCUGGGCAAGAGCGAGGUGUACGAUUACCUGCAGGAGCCCCUCUUCCAGGCCACCCCUGAUCUCUUCCAGUACUGGUCGUGCGUGACCCAGAAGCACACGAAACUCGCCAGGCUGGCCUUCUGGCUCCUCGCGGUCCCGGCCGUGGGGGCCAGGAGUGGGUGUGUCAGUAUGUGUGAGCAGGCGCUUCUCCUCAAAAGGAGGCGACUGCUCAGCCCCGAAGAUACGAACAAACUCAUGUUUCUGAAGUCCAACAUGCUUUAAGACUUCUACUUCCGAACAAGAGAAAAGCGAGAGAGAACGGUCGGGAAAAAAUUUACACCACACUGUCGCCAACAAAGGGAAGGAGUUUAAGUUCUAAACACUGUGGACCUCAUUCUAAACGCCCCCUGGGAACUUCAGUGCUUUUUCCAGUGUGUGUGCAUGUGUGUGUCCCAGCACGUGGGCCGUGGGCGCGGGCGCGAGGCUCUUUUGCUCAUCUGCGUGGCCGUGGUAGCUUCGCGCACGCGUGCACACACAUACUACCCUGGUGCAUGUCCACGCCUGCUCGUGGGCGCGUGUGCAUUAAACUGGGCGUGUUGGGAAAGCCGAGGGUGUGGGAAAGAGGGAAAACGCUCACCUUGUUUCCUUCGGCCAGGGGCUUCGAAGACUUGGUUUUCAGGUGCGCAGGUUGGUAGGACGCCGAUGUUGCAAAGUGUUCAGGCAGCUGAAAUCUGAAGUGACUUGACGCGCUCUGUCCUCAGCCCAUGGUCCCCCUUUUCCCUUCAUGCCCCCUCCCUCCAGCCCUCCUCACCCUAAUGCACCCUCCCCGGCUGCCCCGCCCUCCCCGGCUGCCCUGCGAUGGAUUCUCCAAACUGCAUCAGAUGGACAGUUUCUGCACUGGACUUUGUUCUUGUUCACCUUCAGGGCAUUGAGCAGCUGCCUUCGAGACACUGGCGGGUGUCACGGGGCAGCCGCCUUAGAAACACACCUAUCUAUCUCCCCAGAUCAGGAAAGGAGACUUUAAGAAUAGAAAGCUGACUUUUGGCUUUCUAAUAUAAGAAGAAAAAAAAAAAAUACAUAUUU